CUUUUUAUUGAAAGGGGAAGUGGGAGUUGCCAGCAAAUCUCAGCUACUCUUUUAAACUAAAAGCAAACGACAAGGCAUCUAUAAAAGAUCGUAAUCCAACUCUUUUAAACUUUAACACCCUCAGCUUGUUCUCUUUCUGUCUUUGUGAUCUCCGCCUCUGCUUUCUGUUUCUCUCUUCCUUGAAUCCAUCGAAACCCAUUCCAAUGGCUUCUUUAACUGGAGUUUCAUUGAAGCUCACUCCUCUUUCAAGUUCUUUCAAGCCGACCCAGGUACCUUUUCUUGGGGUCUCUAAUGUCAACUCAGUUAGCUUCCCAUCUCUUACAAUGCGACCAGGAUCAUUUCGUAUUCGCAUUUCCUGUGCAGCCAAACCAGAGACAGUAGACAAAGUUUGUAAAAUAGUGAGGAAGCAACUGGCACUACCUGCUGAUUCAUCUGUCACUGGAGAGUCACAGUUUGCUGCACUCGGAGCUGAUUCUCUCGACACGGUCGAGAUUGUGAUGGGACUCGAGGAGGAGUUUGGAAUCACUUUGGAAGAAGAAAGUGCCCAGAGUAUUUCCACAGUUCAGGAUGCAGCUGAUCUGAUUGAGAAGCUAUUGGAGAAGAAAGGUGCAUAAAAUUUUGUUGCAAACAGUCUGUGACAAAUCCUUAAAAUCCCCUUGUUUUACCUCUCCUAUGUUGUCAUCUUGGUCGUUACCGGUUACGUAGAACUCGACUGUCUCAUUUCCUGUUGUUCUUGAGCUGUUGUUUUAUUAUGUUUAUAAUAGAUGCAUUAUGUGCCA